UUCAUGAGGGCAGCCUCGUUCUGCGGCAAGUAGAACCUCUUGGCCUCCUAUUCCCAGCAAAACUCCGUGGAUCCUGUUAAGGAGCGUCUCCUUCCCUGUCCGCCAUGUUAAAAUUGAGCGGGAAUGAAAAGGACAAGUAAAGUGACAGAAAGCUACUGAACCGCCUCUUUCCCACUGUCCCGGAAGUUGUGUGACGGAAGAGGAAGUGAGCGCCGAGUUGCCACUUGGCCUUUACCUUGGCGGCUGGGCGCGUCAUGGCGGCGACGGGAGGUUGAGGGACAGGUGGCUUUUUUCCCCCCUCCCGCCUACGGGGUUUAGAGUUCCUCAUUGGUUAAGUGUCGAAACUAGGUAACGGGAGCGUGUAGGGAGAGCGGCUCCCGUGAGGACUGAACUGUGGCGCCGAGGCGAGGCAGCCUCCUCUGAGGGUUCGCUGAGGGUCUCCUCGGAGCGAGUCGGGUGAACCUGCUCGAGUGGACGGGAGACUCGGCGGUGCCCCUUCGGGCGAAGCCGAAAGACGGUGUGGCCGCGGACUGUGAAGAAAAGCCAAGGAAAAGGCGGGUGCCCUCCCCCGCCCUCCUCCUCCUCCUCCCCGAAACCCGCUGUCCUGGGGCAGCUCCUUUUUGGCCCAUGACGCUUCCUCCCCGUCUGGAGCCGCGGAGGCGAUUCCCCUGGUGAAUUUGGACGCCCGGGUGGGCAGCUGGCCCCAGAGGCAGGCACCGGCCAUGGAUGACUUCUUGUCUAUCAGCUUGUUGUCUCUGGCUAUGCUGGUGGGCUGCUACGUGGCAGGGAUCAUCCCUUUAGCCGUGAACUUUUCCGAGGAAAGGUUAAAACUGGUCACAGUUCUCGGUGCUGGGCUCCUUUGUGGAACUGCCUUGGCUGUCAUUGUGCCUGAAGGGGUACAUGCACUUUAUGAAGAUGUUUUGGAGGCAAAGCACCACCCAGCCAGUGAGACACAAAAGAUGGUAGAAUCAGAGAAAGCAGCAGCAGAAGUACCGGAGGUCCAGGACCACAACCAUAACCAUGACCACUCAAAGUUACAUGCCUACAUUGGUGUUUCCCUUGUCCUUGGCUUUGUCUUUAUGCUUUUGGUAGAUCAGAUUGGCAGUUCUCAUGUCCAUCCUGCAGAUGACCCAGAAGCAGCAAGGACGGGCAAUUCCAAAAUUACUACCACACUGGGACUAGUUGUCCAUGCUGCAGCUGAUGGUGUUGCCUUGGGUGCAGCUGCUUCCACAUCUCAGACCAGUGUCCAGCUAAUAGUGUUUGUUGCAAUUAUGUUACAUAAGGCACCAGCUGCCUUUGGUCUUGUCUCAUUUCUCAUGCAUGCUGGUCUUGAACGGAAUCGAAUCAGGAAGCACUUGCUAGUUUUUGCACUAGCAGCACCUCUCUUGUCAAUGGUGACUUACUUGGGGUUAAGCAAGAGCAGUAAGAUAGCACUUUCAGAUGUCAAUGCCACUGGAGUUGCCAUGCUCUUCUCUGCUGGCACUUUUCUCUAUGUUGCUACAGUUCAUGUUCUCCCUGAAGUGGGUGGAAUGGGACAUAGCCAUAAACCAGAAUCAGCGGGAGGCAAAGGACUCAGCCGGCUGGAGGUAGCAGCGUUGGUUCUGGGCUGCUUGAUUCCACUGAUUUUGUCCAUUGGACACCAACAUUAGGAGCCCAAAGUCCAGUGGUGGCUUUCUCCAUCUGGUGUGAACAGCAGUCUCAUGUCAGUUGGUCUUUUAUCAUUUUCUCCCUACCCUGUUAAGCAGCCCAUCUAUUUCAAAGAGUUGAUGAGGAGCAUAUUAAAAAAGGAGGAAUUCUCUGAAAGGUUUUCGUAUAACAAACGGUAUCCUGAUAGCCGGAUAUACAUUCUGCAAAACUUCCCUUUUCUGAAGACACUUUAAUUAUGACUGCCCUAUUCUCAGGGAAGAUGGAACUUAAAUAUGAUUUGGGAAGAACUUUGUGGCCCAUUGUGAAAUCAUAGUUCAAGUAUUCUCGAUGUUGGCAUUCACAGCUGACCUCUUUAUAUUAAAUGAUGCCUUUGAACAUGUGGGACUACUAUUCACCUUCUCAAGAUGCUUCACGUGGUGACAGUGAAGAGAAUCUAUCUGAUGAAGAAAUGCUUAUGGAAUAAAGUCCGACAUAAAAUUUAUACUAAUGUAAGAGCUUAAUAAGAUUCUUGCUUUGAAUUUCUAGGAAGCAUAUUUUGUACUCUUUGAGUGUUACAAUCUGUACAAUAGACUGGGGAAGCCAUGUUCGGCUGAAAGUUAAGAUUCGUUUGAUUUAAGGAGUAACUGCUUGGACACUGUACCAAAUUAUAUACAAAGGAUUAUUCUUUUAAAACAAAAAACAUAGGGACUGGUGAGCAAGAAUGAAAGAUAUCCAAAGCAUCAACCUGUGCAAAAGCAGGAACUUAAUAUUUAAUGUUGCCAUAAGCAAGAAGCAUUCUAAAUAGUUGUAAUCCUGUUUGAAUUGAGCCUCUCUGAAAUCAUCCAGUAAACACUGGGUAUAAGUGGACCUCUGAAAUGCAGUGCCAGUGGCAGAUGGCUUUACAUGUAAUAAAUGCUGCAUAUUGACCUAGAAUAAUUUUUGCAUUGUGAAAUAAACGGGCAGCAACCUGACACAUGCAAAGGCAUGCAGAGUUUCUCGGAACCCAACUUUUUGUCCUCAGCUUUCAAUCUUUGCUCCUGUUGCCAAUUUAAUCUAUUAAUAGUUGCUGUAGCUGUUUUUGCAAACCAGAUAGAGUAAGUGAAUUGGUUUCUUUAGCUAGAUCUAUUUUGUGUGACAGAUCUUUUCCCUCUUUUUCAGUCUCUGCAACACAGCACAGCACAGCAAUGGAGCUCUUGUUCACAUUCCUUAUUUGCUUGAUGGAGAAAAAUGUCAUUCUCAGUGAGUGUUUUGUUAAUUGGUAAUUCCUGCUUGCUGAUUUUUACAGCAGCAGUAAUCAAGAACAAGACUUCACUGGGGAUCUUGUGUUAUGUAUGGGAGGAUUACUGUCAGAAAUAAAAAAAAAUAGGUACACAUGUAUGUUUUCCUGAAGGUUAAUUAUAAAUUUAAUCUAUAAUCAGUUUUAUUUGUAAAACUAGCAAGCAAGUUGUCCACUGAUGCAUUCCACCAAGUGUAGCCUAUGAACUAUAUAAGGGGUCCCAUCAACAGCUUAGAUAAACUGUGUGUGGGUUUUUAAAUUCCUGUUUGAGAUUUUAAGAACAUAGGUUAUAAAAGACCUGGCAGGCCACAUCAGUCAGCGUGUCCAAUGUGUUACAUGUUAUGUGGGCUUCCUUUAUUGUUUCUCUAAAAUAGUGCCGACUUUGAAAGGUAUAAAUCACUUCUUGAUCAACUCAAAUCAUCUCCAUGUUGCAAAAUAAAAACUUAUCGUUUCAGAAAGAAAACUUAGCUGUUAUGCCACAUGUAUGAGCAAAAAUAGCUUUUAUGCAUUAUCAUACCUGCAUACUUGAUAAAUAAAGAUGAGCUCUUGAUAAAUAAUUAUGCUCAAGGUGACAUCUUACCCACAGCAGUGGAUAAGGGGACAAGAAUAGUGUUCCUGAGCUGGCAAAGAGGGAAAUACAGGCAGCAUGGGAAUUUGGGGGUAUAUUAAAAAGUUGAUCAGAAAUUUUGCUUCUGUAGAAGCACUUGGUAUGGGAGUGGAAGUUAAACUGUACUUGCAGUUUUGUUUUCCUAGGAUUUUUAAUUAUUUCAGAGUGUAUCUAAAACUGCCCAUUAGAAAAUUUGACCAAAUGUUGCUUGUACUGGAUCACUUCUGGCUUUUUCGCUCACAGGUCUUGAGUACAGUUGCAUUUUAGGAAGACUGUUCUGAACUUCCGCCCAUGACUUCUAAAGGACAGUGUCUAGAGUCAAUAUAUUGCAUGCACGUACACAUAAAGCAUGAGUGAUGCAAGUCAUGAGGCAGUAUGCUGAAGGCUUGUGAGGCUCAAAUAUUGAUUUAUUACUAUGUGUUAGCAAGGAUGUGUUGAGUGUUUCAUCUAUGUUGAAUUGCUAGCCAGUACUACAAAAAAGGAUGGGAAGGAAAAGGGAUUUUCUAAACAUGAAGGGCAUUCUCUAGUAGAGUACCAGAUGUUUAAUUUCUGUUAUAGCCAUGAGAAUUCUUGCUUUGUAAAAUCCUCUACCUUGAAGUAAAUUAAUAUUUCUAUGCCCCAGCCAAAGAAUCAUCAUUUAAAAUCGGGUCUUUUUGUCGUUUAACUCCAAUCCCAUUAGGUCUUAUUAGUCAAAUAUAAACUCUAACCUUCACUGUCGAAUUCUGGGAGCCAUAGGCUACCAAGCGAGAGAUCCAUUAUUUGUAACUUCUCGUAAGCUCCUGUACUUCCAGUGUUCACAUGAGUUGAAAGUGGCAAUCACCCUACUAUCAAUGUUUAUCAUGCAACAUUAUGUUUGGGCAUAUAAUUGAUUUUCCAAGGAGACUUGUUAAUAAAAAUUAAGGGAUAACUUCUAAAUGAGUUAAAGAAAUGCCUCUAUGGGUGGCAGGGGACACAUAUCAAAGUAACAUAGAUUCUCCAAAUAUGGAGUAACACUUGGAAUUUCUGAAACGGUAUUUUGAAAUGACAGAAAAUUAAUUUAGUUUAUUAGAAAGGGCCCAACAGUCUGUUUUUUCAGGUACACUCAAUGAUAGCUAGUUUGCAUUCUUCAUAGCUAGCUAUCUGUAUUGGAAUGGGAAAACUUGAACUUGUGUAUUGUGCUGCUGUGUUAUGUUUUGUAUGAGGAAUCACAGGAGACUUGGGAAAACAAUUUUAACGGUGACGUGCAGAAGUGGAAUAUCCAUUUCAAAAGGAAAUAAGUUUCAGUUAUGUCUCUGAGCAGCUGUGGCUUUGUGGACAUAAUGUGCCCUGGUCACAGCUAUAUACACGAUUCUGUGUACUAAAGUGUAAUUUUAAUGUAUUUUCCAAAUCAUUUGUACACACAUAAUCAUUCCAUGGAUGGCUGCCUUAUUUUUGAUUUUUUUUCCACUUUAAUUGUGAAGUUUAAAUAUGUUUUUAUUGUAAUAAAAAGUUUGUUAGCUGAA